AUGACCUGGCUCCUGGCACCCGAGGCAUAUGCCCCCUUUUUCACGGCCCCAGAGGAUCAAAUAAGCUUUGGACCCGCUGUACAACAGUUCACGGACCGGGUCUUCGGGCUUCCUCCUCAGCACUUUGUUGGCAAGCACGGGCUCAUGCUGCGCACACUGCGGUGGCAGCUGGUCCCAGGCACGCUCCCAAACAUACUCCACCCCCUUCACUCCUUCCUGCGCCGGGAGCUGGAGGUCAACCCCCUGCGUGGCCGGGUAGGCUCGGUGAGCACAUUCUUUGGGUCCAGCUUCCUUGAGGAGGUCGACGUCGCCUCGCUGCUGCAGUCUUUCCAGACCUUUGAGUCGGGUUUCGAGAUGGCUGCCUCGCCGGUGCCACUCUGCCUCCAGUGGCCCUUCCUCCGGGCCCGAUCAAGGCUGGUGGAGACGUUCCGGCAAGCGCUGCUCAGGGACAGCAUCGGCAAGGGGACGGUGGUGAAGAGGCUGAUUGAUGACGUGCAGCUGCCCGACAGCUGCACACCCAACAUGAUGCUGUGCUUCAUGUGGGCGUCUCAGGCGAACGCCACUCCCACGGCCUUCUGGACGCUUGCGUUCCUGCUGCUCCCAGAGAAUGCUGCAUAUCGGGAGCGCGUGGAGGCGGAGCUGCAUGCGACGCGCUCCAGCACCGACCCCCAGGUCGAUCUCUGUAAAUAUAUCCAGGACAUCACUUUCCGCAGCUCGGUGAGCACAUUCUUUGGGUCCAGCUUCCUUGAGGAGGUCGACGUCGCCUCGCUGCUGCAGUCUUUCCAGACCUUUGAGUCGGGUUUCGAGAUGGCUGCCUCGCCGGUGCCACUCUGCCUCCAGUGGCCCUUCCUCCGGGCCCGAUCAAGGCUGGUGGAGACGUUCCGGCAAGCGCUGCUCAGGGACAGCAUCGGCAAGGGGACGGUGGUGAAGAGGCUGAUUGAUGACGUGCAGCUGCCCGACAGCUGCACACCCAACAUGAUGCUGUGCUUCAUGUGGGCGUCUCAGGCGAACGCCACUCCCACGGCCUUCUGGACGCUUGCGUUCCUGCUGCUCCCAGAGAAUGCUGCAUAUCGGGAGCGCGUGGAGGCGGAGCUGCAUGCGACGCGCUCCAGCACCGACCCCGCGGCCAGCCUGGUGGACCUGGCCUGCUCCCGGAGUAGCGCGCUAAACAAGUGCAUCGCGGAGACCAUCCGGCUGCGGGCCCCCUCCAUCGACGUGCGGAUCGCGGCCUCGGACGUGAUGCUCCGACUCCCAGGCCGGGAGGGCCUGCUGCUUGAGAAGGGGUCUGUGCUGGCCACAUCCCCCUUUGAGAGCCACAGCGACGAGAGGCUGUAUGGGCCGGAUGCCCGGCACUACAAUCCGGACCGGGAGGGCAUGCUCCUGUGCGGGAAGACGGCACUGCACUCCAGCAUCUUGGGCGUCGGCGGGGUGGCGGGCCUUGCAUUCGGGGGCGGGAAGUACAGGUGUCCAGGGCGCUACUUUGCGGAGGCGGAGGUCGCGCUGGUCGUGGGCAUGAUCCUGCUGUCCUGCCCGACGCUGGCGCGGGACAACCUGCAGCAGCAGUGGGAGGGGGGGAUGGGGGAUCCCCAUGGAUGCCUCCCUGCCCCCGACUUCCGAAAGCUGCUUGGGAUCAAGGUUCCCGCUGCUCCCUGCUGGGUCUCAGCAAAGGAGAAGGGUUGCUGGUAUGGGCCGGCAGUGCCCUGA